CAGUUUCUGGUAGUUGGAUUGUUACGGUAUGGCUGAUGUGGGCCUAAGUUUAGAUGACAUAAUUAAAAAAUCGAAAUCGUCAGGAAUGAGAAGCAGAGGUGGAGGUGUUCGAAGAGGUAUUAAUAGGGGUGCACGUGCUAAUGGUUCAUUAAGAGGACGUGGUUUACAAGUAGUUACUGAUGCUCGAUUUAAAAUUAUACAGAAAAAUAGAGAAAAACUUACAGAUGCCAGAGAUAAGCUUGCUGAAAUUGCAAAACAAAGUGAUGCUAGACUAAAGUUAGAUAAGAUUCGUGCAUCGCAGUUCAAAAAAAUAGAAACUCAAAUACCUGGAAUAUCUCAAAAAACAGGUCGUAAUGGAAGACUGUCUUUAUCAACUAAUAAAAUGCCCCCAAUUAUGCCACAUAAUGUGCCACCAAAUAUUCCGAAUAAUUAUAUGCCACCACCCACAAGGGCAGUGGGUUAUAGGCCACCUCCACUUAUAGAACCCCAUUAUAUGGGAGACAUGAACAUGGAUUUUAUUGAUGAUUAUAUGAUGGAAACAGCGCCUUUAAGAAGAACUGUAAGUAAUGAAUAUGCUCCUACACCACCACCUCCACCCCCAGCAUUCAGUAUUAAGCCUGCAUCUUCAUAUACAUGGGUAAAACCAACAAGCAGUAAUGUAAUAAGAAUUGUACCUUCUCGUAAACCUGAAGAUGAUAGAGAACGUGAAAGAGCAAGAGAUUAUAAAGUUAUUGCACGUUUUUCAAUGACAAAACCUGCUUCUCCCUCAUAUAAAGAAGAUUGGAAUUUUGGCACAAAAUCACGGACUAUACUAACAGAAGAUGCAGCAGAUUCAAAAUAUUAUGAUUCAAGAAGUCAUAGAGAUGUUGGAGUAAAGUCAAGAUUAGAUUCAGUUCCAAGUAAAUCGCGAACUAUGGGUGUUUUAUCUCAAUCUAAAACAAGUUCCAGCUCAUCAUCACAGUCUACUGGUUAUCGAAUUGUAGUAUCAAAUUUGCAAGCAAAUGUCACUCAAGAAGAUAUUAAGGAAUUAUUUGAGGAUGUAGGAGAAUUGUUAGUAUCCAGAUUAGUACGACCGGGUACAGCAGAAGUAAUUUAUAAAACAUUAAAAGAUGCUACUAAAGCUGUUGAAACUUAUCAUAAUAGACAAUUAGAUGGACAUCCUAUGAAGUGUCUUCUUGUAAAUCCACGACCAAAAAAUAAUCCAACUGGGCCAGCUGUUAGAUCUCUUACAGAAUCCAGAAGAAGUGUUAGUUCAAGUUACGUACAACCAAGUUUAGGAGCAGUACAUCGUGCAUUGUUCGAUGAUUCUUAAUCAAGUAUAUCAAUUU